CCGUCUCGACAACUUGCUCAUGAUAUACUGUAUGUCUUGGAGGAAGUCAAAAUUUGCAAUGUAUCCGAUUCCAUUUGCUUUGUUUUUUAUAGUAAUAGCACCAGGAGUACGCGCACAGUUAUUCACCUGUGACUUUGAAAAUGAUAUCUGUGAUCUAACCUCCGACACUACAACAACAUGGAGCACCGUGGAAGCAGGGGUAGCAGCAAAUCCUGGUACCGAUCAUACAUACGAAAGCUCUGGCGGACACUACAUGUACGCAUCUCUGACAAGUGGCCAAACUGCUCGCGUAAUUACCUCAGAUUUACCUGUUACCACAAAUAGAAAAUGCACAGAGUUUUUCAUUUUCAUGAAUGGUCAAAGUAACGCCAUCCUCAACGCGUAUGUCCGGGUGUCCGGUCAACCUACACCGGUAGGGCCGACGCUGACGAUCCAAGGCGACCAAGGGAAAAAGUGGGUUCGGGCACUAUUUACAGUGGAGCCACAGGCCAAGUUAUUUCAAAUCGUAAUUGAGGGGAAGAAUGGCGAGAUCUCCAUAGAUGAUAUGUCUAUUGUCAACGGCCAGUGUCCACAAAUUGACUGGACGUGCACAUUUGAGGACCCCGAUAUAUGCGGUAUGCAGCAGGAUAAAACUGAUGAGUUCGACUUUAAACGGCAGAAUAAAAAGACAGGCACGUGGAAUACUGGACCGAAGCACGAUCAUACAUACAACAACGCCUCCGGUUACUACAUGUACAUCGAAGCAAACGGAGCCAACACUGGACACGUUGCCCGUCUCAUUACACCCCUCCUCCAAGGAACCUCCGACCAAACCGAACCAUCGUGCCUCAUUUUCUGGUAUGACAUGUUCGGCAAGGACGUUGACUCGCUCAAUGUCUACCUGACCAUCCCAGGAGAAGAUGAGGAAUUCCCUGGUGAGCUAGUGUGGUCACUGGCGGGUAACCGAGGUGACCAGUGGAGAGGUGCAGAGGUGGUUGUAAACACCACCGAAGACUUUAAGAUUGUUUUCGAAGCAACACGAGGAGACACUGACAAGGCUGACAUCGCAAUAGACGAUGUCGAGUUUGAUGGCUUUGCACGUUGCCCUGGUCAUAAUGUCCUCCUAAAUCACAGUUCUAUAAGCUGUACCUUCGAAGAGAUCGAGAUUUGUUACUACAUUCAAGACACGACUGAUGACUACAACUGGUCCUGGAAGAACAGAGGUACACCGGUCUACUAUACUGGACCUGAUGUAGACCACACGAGGGGUGACGAACUUGGUUUCUUCAUGUUGAUUAACCCAUCGAACUCCAAACCAAUCGGAGCUAAAGCUCGGCUCAUCUCACCACCCUCAUCCCCCUUACCCGAUGGUGGUUGCCUGGAGUUCUACUACAACAUGUACGGAAUCGACGUAGAGACGCUGAACGUGUACACGAAGACGGCAGACCAGGACCUGCCAGGUACUCAAGUCUGGACAAAGCAAGGAAACCAAGGGAACUACUGGCAUAGGGCCACGUUUGCAACCCCACGGGAUCAAGUGUUCCAGGUGGUGUUUGAAGGAGUACGUGGUAUCGAAUCUCGAGAUGACAUCGCUAUCGAUGACGUUUUCUUGUACACCGAUGGUCCUAACAGCUGCCCGCCGAAACCGACACCCGAGAUUAUUCCUCCCACGCCAUCUGCAUCCACUCCUGGAUUCGAAUGUGGAUUUGAAGACGACUGGUGCGGCUUCACUCAGGCGCCAUGGGACCAGGGCGAUUGGAGUCGCAUUACACCUAAAACAGAGGGUUUUCAAUUAAACAAUAUAUGGGACCACACUACUAGAUCUCCUCAAGGUUACAUCAUAACUUUUGAUCCAAAUCGUGGCAAGUUCAAUAAGAAUGACCGCGCUCGCAUCUAUUCGCCCAUGGUCGCUCCGUCGCACCAACCACGCUGUCUGACUUACUACUAUCACAUGUCGCGGCAGAAUGUCGAUCAUAUGGGUUUCCAUAUCAGGAACUUCAACGAACCUCUACCGCUGGAUCCCGUUCUCUCUGUGUUCGGAAAACAGCCAUGGGGCUGGCAUGAGCAGAAAUACACAAUUGACCCUACCGAUAAAUACUUCCAGGUAUGUUUUUAUAUCAGCGUUGGAACGAAAAGAUGGAAUUCUGCUAUUGCUCUUGAUGAUAUUAGCGUUCAGAAUGGAGCAUGUGAAGUCGUACCGACGCCCACACCUAGGACAGGAAGUUGUGACUUCGAUAAAAAUUAUUGCGGAUAUACACAAUCCAAGAAAGAUAAUUUCGACUGGACAAGGAGGAAUGGACCAACAGCAUCACUAUAUACAAGUCCUCUAACAGAUCAUACCACAGGAACGCUGGAAGGUUAUUACAUGUACACUGAGACCUCUUCGGGCAGGCGACCUGGAGAUGCUGCCGACCUGAUGUCUCCUCAAAUCUCCGGCGACCAUGCAGGUUUAUGCCUUCAGUUCUUCUUUUACAUGUACGGUCGGGAUAUCGGCUUCCUUGGUGCUUACCUCUUACCCGCUCUCUCCUAUUCCCGUAUUGCGCUGGUCGAGGUCAGCGGGGACCAGGGACAGAGGUGGUUCCACAGAAACGUCGACAUUGAUCCUUUGCCCUUCGAAACAUUUCAGAUCUUCUUCAGAGGUGUUGUCGGGGGUGGUCCGAGAGGGGACAUCGCUAUUGACGAUAUAACCGUCUUCAAUCACCCGUGUUCUGGUGUCCGGACGGAAAGUGUAUGUGACUUUGAGAGCGGAUCGCAAGCAUGCGGUUACGGUAUGGCUAACGGGAUGGGGGAUGAAUGGGAAUGGUAUGAUGCCAGUGUCGUUGUUUCUCCACCAGUCGAGGAGAUGGAUGGAUCAUUCAUGUUUAGCAUUCCUACACCUGGAGUGACCGUACGUUUGACUACACCGACACUUGAUAUAAGAUCUGGUAAACAAUAUUCCCUCUCACUCGACUACCAGCUCUUCAACGAUUCAAAGCUGGCGUUCGCCAUCAGUAUUGAAAGAGAGAAUCAGACGGACAACCAAAUGAUUUUUCAACAAACACAUGGCGUAGAGGGGGUAGUUAAAGGGAAAUGGAAUGUUAAUACAGAGGACCUUGGUUUCAAAUAUGCAAAGAUUGUAUUCACAGCAUCUACAACUUCAUUCUCAGAGAGUGGCGUUGUGGCUAUUGAUAAUGUAGAGUUCAAACCCCAAUACCCAGAUAUGCCAACUAAAUCGGCACCUGUUAUCAAUUCUUACCGCGGGGAGACCAUCGUCCUCGGCGUAAUUCUGUCUGUCGCCAUCGUCGGCAUCAUUGUUGUCUUCAUCGUCAUUUUGGUUCGGCGAUCACGAAGUUCGGAUCUUUUGACCAUCGGCUACAAAAAUCAAAAAGACGAGCAUUUGGCACCCAGCCCUGUUGUCAUCAAAAGCGGAAAAGAUGGGGCAAAUAACGGGAUAGACAAUCCGAUGUAUAGUACCUGAUAUAUCAUCUCUACCCAAAUUUACACAGUAACACGUGACCUUCAUCAUGUUCAUCAGAUGCUGUUUUUAUCACCUUUAAUUUCUUUAUCAGAUUGAACGUUCCUCUAGUGAGUCGGUUGUGAAUUAUAGAGUUAGAAUAUGAACAACGAUUUUAAGCAUUCUUGAGCAUCACUGAAACAAAAUUUAGUGUUCAAUCCUAAAUGUAAGUGGUUAUCUGAUUUUUUAAGGAAGGGUAAAAUCAGUUGUUUCCUAUCCCCUUCCAUCUUUACCAUUCCCUACCACAGCAGGGCUUUGAAUCUUUGCACAAUUACAUCUUAAGGAAGGUUAUACACAAUCGACGGAGGGGGAGGGGGCCCCCACUCUCAUCCACUCCCCGAAAUCUUUUCAUUACAGAUUCUCCCAAGAAUCCAACGAAAAAUAAGACGAAUAAUGAAUAUGCUAUAAAAUACGAUCAGCUUGGUCACUUUGCUCCAUAGGUUAUAUAAAACAAGGUAGAAACUUUUAUGCUUAUUUCAACGUUAUUUAAUUGAUUCGAUGCCCACAUCGGAGUGAACAUAAAAUGUUCUACCCUGUUUGUAUUAAUAUUCAUCCAACACGAGGACUAUCUACAGAAUAUAUCAAGGUCAUUAUAACUUAUCAAGUUGCAAUAUGAUUAUAAAUCGUGGAAUAAUAGUGUACAUGGAAUAUCUUACUGUAUAAUGUUCUAAAUCAUCAUACGAAUACCCAUGUUCAAAUGAGUAGUUAUACUGUCAUCCUUUUUUAAAGCGAAAUUAUCAUCAAGUUGUUAUGACGUCAUAACAAUGAUACGAUUGGAUACCAAUUCUUACCUAACGUCCAAAAAUAUUAUAUUAGUAUUUUUCAGUAAGUUUACAAAUCAAAUUAAGAUAUUUUCAUUCAUGAUUUCAGAAAAUGCGCAAAAUACGAUUGGUCGAAAAAUUGGAUCGUGGACCAUUCGUAAGGUGUGCGAUGGCAUUAAUACAUAUAACAUAUGCCUAAUUCGUCGCUUGAAAAAUGUUGUGACAUUACUUGGCCCACAAAUUUUAGAUGAUUACUCUGUGUUUUCCAUCCCCAUACAUGUACAUUCGUGAAAGUUGUCCCUGAUGAUGGCUGAUGUUGGUCAAGUAAUUAUGUUUUCUUUUUACAUCGAUCGGCAUAUCAUGCAUAAUGGUAAGACUACAGUGCGUUCAUAUAGUGGACCCAUGCAUGGAUAGAUAUUGUCAACGCUAUUAAAAUGCUGAAAUUUUAAACAGUGAGAAAAUAAUUUAAUAGAGCGGAUAUUUCGACUGCACAAAUUUUCACAGUAAGUUCACAAAGUCGACAAUAUUAAAAUAUGAUUCACAUUGAAAUAGUCGAAUAGUCAUAAUGCAAAACUGACCUCACACCGUGAUCCACAAUGAACAAUAAUAAUUGAAAUGGUAAACAAAUUUAAGUGUGUAUAAAGUGUAUAGAAAUAUAUUCAUAAUCCGAUUAUAAUGCUUUUAUUCAGGAGAAUGUCGGGGAAGGUGAUCACAACAAAGGUUAAUUGUUGAAUAGGAUAAAUGAAUUCAAAUGUGACAGCAGGGGUCCAUCACUAAUUGAUUGAGCAUUAUGUUUUCUUUGCUUUUCUCGUAUUGAGGGCUCCUUUGGAAUUGCAUUGUAAACGAUCAACGUUUCCUGUAUUGUCAGCACAAUCAUUCACAGAUUAAUAUGAAA